AUGCCACCAUCUCCACCUUCAUCGUAUACCUGGGAAAACCUCUUAGAUUCUCUCUCUCUUGGCACAAUAUGGAACUGGCUACAAGCAAGUUUUCUAGGAGACACUAAUGCUCAAACUCAGCAAACAAAUUUGGGGCUGCUAGAUAAUCUUGGUGCAGCUGUGCAAGCCAUCCUGGGGAUUUCCUUUUUGAUUUUGUUGGCAAUAGGAUUGUUUACCUUAUGGAAACGAAGCGUUCGGUCACUUCAGAAAAUAAUGAUCUUUGUGAUCACACUCUAUCAACUUUACAAGAAAGGCUCAGAUUUUUUCCAAGCUUUGCUAGCCAACCCAGAUGGAAGUGGUCGUCCAAUUGCAGAAGGUGGUAAUCUUUUACUAUCUUUGGGUCUGCAAGAGAAAAUUUUGAAAAAACUUCAGAUGGUGGAAAACAAAGUGAAGGAUCUGGAGGGCAUGAUUGUUGCCCAGAAGCCUGCCACCAGGAGAGAUUGCUCCUCUGAGCCCUACUGCAGUUGCUCUGACUGCCAAAGUCCCAUGCCUACAUCAGGGUUUACCUCCACAUCUGAAAUGUGA